AUGGCUCAAUUUAUGAUGGAUCUAAAAGCAGAACACCGCACCAGCCCAUCAUUAUACCACCCAGUAUCUCCAAAAAUGCACGAAAUUUAUCGCCCAGACUCAACGGACUCGGGAGUCCUGGAUCUAUCCAAACGUCGUGAUUCCGUGGAAACGCGCAAAACUCCGUCGCCCUACAACAGCUUCAGUGAAGGAGGAUCCCCGCCGCUUCAGAGUUCCCCCAUCAAUUCCACCAAUCAACUGCUGAUGAACUAUCAUGCCAUUCAUCACCAGCCACGCGAUCUCUCGCCGAAAGCUAAAAUCCCAUACGAAUCGCCAAGCCAUUUGGAACAAGAACAUAAUCUGCCAGCUAGAUUCAAUCCGUCUCAAGGAUUCCCCAUCAAUCACCCAAUGCUCCCAAAGCAGGAAAAUUUUCCUCAACGUCCUGAGAUUAUUCCGUAUCUGCUUCAAUCCGCCGGUGCUAUACCACAUCCACCGUUUCUACGCAGUCCACUACAGCAAACCCGUGAAAUUGAUUCCCUAUCGGAAUCCGGCUCCGAAGGUCAAACACUUGCACCGAACAUGAAAGUGACCCAGCUGAAACAAUCGCCCGAUCAAACAACCAAUUCACCAGUAACUAGCGGACCCUACCCGAUGGUCAUCGGUCGCGACGGCAAACUAACUCGGCCCUUCAAAGCAUACCCCCGUGACCCACUGAGCCUUACCGCUGGUUUCAUGGCCAGUGAUUCCCUGCUCGAUACCAUGUCUGCCGAGAAGUACAACAUUUUUCGAAAACGAAUGCUCGAACACAUUCGUGCUGCCAACGGUGGUCAGCCUACUGUUUGUAACCCCAAAAUGCGUCGUCUAAACAAAUCCCUCAGCGAUGCAUCCGAAACGGAAAGCGUACCGGAUAAAAUGUCGGAAUACGGCGAACAACCAUCGCAGCAGGCCACGCCCUCCGAGGCGAGCAAAUCCAGUGAAACGGCAAACGGCAGCAACAGCAAUGGCGCAAGCGGAACAACGAAAGACGCCGCCUACUACGAACGGCGCAAGAAGAACAAUGCGGCGGCAAAGAAAUCUCGUGAUCGUCGACGAAUCAAGGAAGACGAGAUCACCAUUCGGGCGCAUUUUCUCGAGAACGAAAACAUGCAAUUGCGGUGUGAGCUGGCGGCAGCUAGGAAACAGCUGGCACUGUAUGGCGUUACGACCGUUUCGCCGUGA